AUGGCAAUUUUGAGAUCUCCACCGCUCCAGCGGGUGCGGCGCAGGUUGAACACCAUUCCUGAAGACAUCAGAGAGUCCCAGUACGCCAAAUCGGAUAGCCAUGUUGAACAAGAAGCUCCUCCGAAGCCAGAGAGCCCGCCACAACUAAAGCUCCAAACAAGCGGUCUGUCAAGCAUCUCAUCCAGACGGCAUCGCAUUAUCUCUCCGUUGUCUGCUGGGACAGCAUCUUCGUGCUCAGACACCGAAUGGCAGCAUCAAAUGCAAGGCCUGGACGAACUGUACGACGCCACGGAUACCGAAUCGGAAGGUGAUGAGUGCCCGUCGACAACUCCGGCCGGAAUGAAGAAAUACCUCAGCCUCACAAUUCCCCCAUGCUCGGUACAGGGGCCACACAAGAGCUCUCCAGUCCCGCCAACGCCCCCGCCGAAGAUUCCAGUGUCGCCGGCAGCUUUGUCAAAGCUCGCACGUUCGGUCCCCGCUGUGCAUGCCCCUCCUUCGCUCGACGGAAGCGUGACGUCUGAUCAGGUGUCGAGCACGAGUGCUCCAGCAACUCCCGAUUUGCAGUCCGUUCCCGACAAUGAUUGGAACACCGAAGAAGUGCGCGUGCACUUGGAUUUGAACCUAGAGGACAGUCAGAAUCCGGACAGCGCUAAUCCAAACACCAGCUCAGAUGCUCAGGAAAUCGAGAUUGCGAUUGAAGAUACAGAUGAGGACUGGCGCCAAUUCCUAGGGAAGUUCCCUGCAGUACCCUCGAGGACUGCCCCGCACACAUCGAUGCUGUCUCUGAAUCUGGAUGCUGAGCCAGCCCGCGAACCGACUCCAGACUACUCUAUCAACCUCCCCGAAGAUGCAUUGGACCUCCUGAGGCAUAUUCACUUGGACGGGACGCCGGAACCAUGGUCGGAAACUUCCGAGGCACAUGAGGAGAUGUGGCAGGUUGAUCCUUCCCAGGACCACAUUCCUAAGACUGAAGAUGCCACCCCCGCAUCAGCUUUGUCGGGGUACAGCUUCACCAGUCUCAGUAUCCCUUCUCCAGGCGGCUUUUUCGCAGCACUGACGCCUCGCGCCCGCCAUACCUGGUCUUUUCCCAAGCCCGAUAAUCCUUCGUCAGCCGCUGCAGAGGACUUCUACAAUCUACCUUUUGGCCGCGAUGAUGAUGGUGAAAUCGUCGAGCAAGUUAUUGAGUAUUAUCAGCGGUCAAACGAAGGAGAGUUGACAGCCGUACCGGCUCUAGAGGGGCCUCCUACUGCUGUCCGGGUUCCCGCGGAGGUCACAUCGCCCGAGGAUCAACACAGUCCGUUGAGUCCAACAGCCGAUACCGUUGACGAGAUUCCCCGCGCCGUUGAAUUCAACACCAGUGGUGAAUACGACGAGCAUUACCAUGAGGAAUUACAACGGAAGGCAGAAACAAGCCGCGAUCGAACAAGUGUCUGGCUAACGGCACAAGCGUCCUAUCUUGCUGCCCUUAGUGAGACGAAUCCAGUCAAUUCACCAGUUGACGAGAGCCCGGCUCACGGCAUCGACGAUGGGACUACUGGGCGAGUAUCUUCCGAACAGAGUCGCGAGAAGUCUGCUCGUUUUGCCGAGACACUUCCUGAACCGACUAGCUCUCUUCCUUCGGCCACGGCGAGCAAAGAUUCGAUUUACUGGCGAGGGUUUCAGUAUUUGCGUCAAGUCUCUAACCAGCUGGAGGCGUUCAAGCAUCGCGACCUCCGCUUUGACGCAGUUCAGUCCGACCGAUUAGGUCUGACGAAGCUGCACGCCAACCGCUUGUUGGGGAAUUAUGAACUGACUCGCCACGAACGACCUGCCUACAAGGGUCCUUUUUCCCAGGCUCCACGCCAUUCAACCCUCAUGUCUGUCCUGGCUGAGAAGGCUGACUUCUCCCUGCUCGAGAAAGAGCAGCUGGUGCUUGCUCAGAUCCGGCAAUCGCUCUGGGCCAUGGAUGCUCUCCGGUUUCUCAACGGCGGUAAUUUGCUCACUAGCCCUGCCUCGCGAAGACUCGCAAAGGCAGCUGUUACAAAGUCCUCAAAGAACGACAAGCGGUGUCUGCGAGUUUUGGACCUGGGUGGCCAUGCUACAUGCGAAUGGGGGUGGUAUUUGGCGCGUGAUAACCCGGAUGUUUCAGUCUACACGGUCUUUACAGAGCAGCAAAAGGUGAACCGCGGAAUUAAAGGCCCAUCCAACCAUCGCCAGGUCUCAGUGUCGCAUCUCUGGAAGCUGCCCUUCGGUGACAACAAGUUUGAUGUGAUCUCGGCACGCUCUCUUCCUGCACUUCUCAAGACUGAAUGUCCGACCGGCGAGGAUAAAGACGAGUACGACUUAUGUCUCCAGGAGUGCUAUCGCUGUCUCAAACCAGGUGGAUACCUUGAAUUCUUCACAAUGGAUGCGGAGCUAUCCCACGCUGCUCCUUAUGCAUCUGCAACGUCGGUCGAAUUCGCAUUCAAUCUCAGGACUCGCGGCUACGAUCCGAACCCAACGAAGAACUUCCUCUCCCGUCUUCGCAAAACCAACAUGACGGGCAUUAGACGAGCCUGGAUGUUCCUACCCAUGGGAGUCGAGCCACGCAAAUGUCAACCACCGCGCGAGACCUCCGGGCUGUGCAUCGAGGGCAGCCAACUCGACAGCUCCGAUCCGGCUGGAAGCACCGCCAACGUCGCCAGCCUGACAGGUCUGUUCGGCGGCUGGAUGUGGGAGCAGUGGCUUCUGAAAUUGCAGAUGGAGAUGGGUCGUGAUGGAGAUCGGUUGUUGGAAGGUGCUGGUGGUGUCUUUGAUGAAGGUCGUAAGAAUGGAGCAGGCUGGACCUGCUUGACUGGGUGGGCGAUGAAGCCGAGACGGAGAUAG